AUGGCCUCGUUGCAAUCCACCCGGUCCGCCUGGACCUCUUGCUCUCGUUGCGUCUCGGCCUCUCGCUCGAGCGCCCUCAACCUCGGCAGCCUCGCCGCAUCGCUGCCGUCGACGUCGUACCAGCCGAGCAGCUCGUCGUUCCACACGUCGGCGCCCGCGUCGGAAUCGCGCAAGAAGCGGACCGCCCGGUUGAAGCGCAAGAACAACCUCGACCAGCGCAUGCUCAAGGUGCGCAUGCUCGAGUCGUCGAAGCCGGACCCAGUGCUCGGCCACCAGCUCGACGAGGCGGGCCAGAAGGUGUGGGAAGGAAGCGAGCUGGCGCGCCUCAUCCUCGACAAGGAAGAAGUGUGGGGCGUCAAGGAGGACCGACGGGGCAACCUCGUCUCGACAAAGGCCAAGCCCAAAACCCUCGAGAGCGCCUACGACCGCGCCGAGCGGCUCGAGGCCGAGGCCUUUGGCGGCCCGCGCCGCCUCAACUUUGGCCUCGACGCAAGCGACCGCCAGCUCCUCUUCCAGUCGCUGCCCACCAUCAUGGUCAAGGACCGCAUCCUCGACUCGGCCAACCUCGGCGUCAUUAUGAAGGGCACGCCCAACCCGGCCGACGUCGGCGCGUUCGAGGACGAGUACACCCGCGUCAUCCAGGAGGAGCAGUCCGCCUCGACGAUCCUCUCGCGCGUCCUCGACCUGAGGAACGCCAGCGGCAAGGGCAUCCAGGUCGAAAACAUCCGCCGUAUCGUCAACCACUUUGGCCAGCGCGAAAAGAUGGAGCAGCUCGGCAAGGGCGUCGACACCGGCAGCGCCGAGGUGCAGGCUGCCGUACUGACCUACCGCAUCCGCAACCUCGCAUCGCACCUGCAAGCGGCACGCCACGACAACUCGAACCGGCGGGCAAUGACGCUGCUGGUCCAGCAGCGCGCCAAGAUCCUCAAGUACCUCAAGCGCCAGAGCCCAGCACGCUACCACGCCAUCCUCCCGCGCAUCGGCAUCGAGGCGCGCGCCGUCGAGGGCGAGAUUGUCGUCCCGGGCAAGCCCAAGAUUGCCACGGCCUGA